CCCUCCGCCACGCGCCACGCUGCGACUCACUGCCCGCGCCGCCUUGCUCACGGGUACACCUCGAACAUGAUGACCCGGCGCGCGGCAAACACUCGUAAGUUUUAAUGAGUACGUGUGUGAGCGUGCGUGUGUGUGUUUAAGAAGUGAUAAACGCCUGCUCAGUGUCUCCAAACCAAACGCGUGCAUCGAAAUAGAUUAAUGAAACUCGUGGUCUGUGUUGUUAUAAAAGGAUACACCACUGCUGAGUUCGUGUGCUCUUUUGACGCCUGUGUGCGGUGUGUGCGUACAGCGCGUUGGUGGUGCGACAAAGUGACGUAGUGACGCAGCUGGAACAGACCGCCUCUCACCAAUUAACUGUUUCCCGACGCACCACACCGAGGGAAGCUAAUGACCAGCCGAGCAGCGGGCGGCCAACCUUCAAAGCUAUUCACUCCACUCCUGGAACACGACACUUACUGAGAGAAAAAAGGAAAGUGGAUACUGUCUCCAGAAGUGACGGAAAUAGCUACCAUCGGCGUCGAUAAGAAUACAUACGCGGUUACUCUCGAGGCGGAGCGUGGGAGGAUGCUAGUACCCGUGCUGGUGGUGGCGACGGUGCUGCUGUGCGGGGGAGGAGCAGCAGGAGGAGGAAGAGGAGGCUUCGUAGCGGCGGCGUAUUCAGCUGACUAUGAAGAAGGACGAGUCAAACGCUCUGCUCCUGCCACCGAGACCUUAAGAAUGACCGCUGUGUACCCCAUGGACGCCACCCUCUACCUCGGUGCUUUGUUCCCCCUCCACGGCAGAGAAAGGGACACGAUCACAGGGGAGGACGUCUGUACGGGUCUCCAGAAAAGGGAAGGCAUAGAGCCGCUGGAGGCGCUGAUGUACACACUGGACGAGAUCAACAAAGACGACACACUUCUGCCUGGCAUCACCCUUGGAGCCAUUGCCUUGGACUCCUGCAACUCCCCGAGUCUCGCCCUCAACCAGAGCCUCAGCUUCAUCAAAGGUUUCUUGGCCGGCCAGAACCAAUACCACAAUAGUGAGUUUACCUGCGGGGACGGCAGCUCGCCUGUCUACCGCGGCGGCAAGUUUGAUAAGGUGGUGGGCGUCGUAGGUGGCCAAAGGUCCUCCGUAUCCGUCCAGAUGGCCAGCGUGUUGAGGGUGAUUCAACUGCCCCAGAUCAGCUACCUGAGCACGUCUGCCUCGCUCGGCAACAGGGAAAGGUACCCGUUCUUCCUGCGUACGGUGCCCUCCGACGCCACACAGGCACAGGCCAUCCUGCGCCUCAUGAAUCACUUCGGCUGGACACACGCCGGCGUGGUGUACAGUUCAGAGGAGUAUGGCGUGGGCGGCUACCGGGAGCUGGUCAGCCGCGCCCACAAAUACGACGUGUGCUUCGCCACACCCACGCACGCCCUGGCCGGCCACGACCCCGACGAGACCUACAGGAGUGUCGUAGAAGAACUGUUCCGAGGACAUUUUCAUGUGGUGGUGGUGUUCGCAGUGCGGGAGGUGGCCGUGCGGCUGCUCAAGACUGUGCAACUGAGCGGCCAUCAAGAUAGGUUCCUCUGGCUGGGCUCCGACGGCUGGACGUACAAUACACCUGAGGACGUGGCACCAGUAGCCGAGGGCGCUUUUGGGAUCCAGCCCCUGGCACGGAGUAUGCCAGGCUUCGACGAGUACUUCAGUGGCCUCACCCCGCAGACCAACACCCGCAACCCGUGGUUUUCCGAGUACUGGACGCUGAAGGACGCCCCCGAAUACUCCCGCCGCCACUACCGCCCCGGCGCCAGAAGUCUCGACAGCGAAGCGCAGGCGAAAAGCAACAUAAAUCUGACGGAGCCAUACCGACACGAACCGUGGCUACACUUCGUGAGGGACGCCGUAAUGGCCUUUGCUCAUGCUCUGCACGACAUGUGGGAGGAGGAGUGCGCAGAUCAGCCGGGGCUGUGUGAAGCCAUGGCGCACAGCGGGCACCUCCACGGUCAUCACCUGCUGCAACACCUCAAAAAGGUGUCUUUCACAGACCUAAGCAACGUGACCUUCCGUUUCGACGAGCAGGGGUCGGGGCCAGCCAGGUAUACCGUCUUCAACUACCAAAAGGUGGAAAAUUAUACCUACGCCUGGGUACCCGUCGGCAACUACUUCAACACCACAGGGGCCAGGCCAGAGCUCUACUUGGACUCUGCCUCCGUCAAGUACCGCCGCGGAGCACUCUUCCCGGAGUCUUCGUGUGGCGUCCCUUGUGGCCCCGGCCAGGAGAAGGUGCCGCUGCAAGACUCGUGCUGCUGGAGCUGCAAGGACUGUCAGCCGUACCAGUAUUACAACAAGACAGAGUACAUGUGCAAGGACUGCAUGCAGUGCUUCAAGCCUGACCAAGAGGGACGAGGCUGCGUCCCGAAGGAGAAAAAGUCCAUCGACUACAAAAGUCGCUGGGCCAUCACGUCACUCGCCCUUGCCAGUCUCGGUAUUUUCAGCACGGUACUAGUGGGAAUCAUCUUCUGGGUGCACCUGGAGACACCGGUAAUCAAGGCUGCCUCGAGGGAACUCUCCUACAUCCUCCUAGGUGGCAUCCUGUUCUCCUUCCUUAUGAGUUUCGUUAUCGUGGCGCCCCCCAACAUUAUGUCCUGCGGCCUCACCAGGUUUUUCCUCGGCUUCAGCUACACUCUCUGCUACGCCGCCAUCCUCACCAAAACCUCCAGGAUCUCCAGAAUUUUCAACAGCACUCAUUCUAGUAAAUCCCACAAGGCUCGCUACACGUCCCCAUGGAGUCAGGUGGUGAUCGUGGUGAUGCUGGUGAGCGUGGAGGUAGUGAUCAACGUGUGCUGGUUGGUGCUGAAGCCUCCAAGCACCAAGAACCUGUGCGACAGAGCAACAGACUAUCAAAUUAUCAUAUGCAGUGGUCUUGACGAUUAUUCUUAUAUCGUGGGCCUCAUCUAUCCACUAAUCCUGGUGGCCUUCUGCACUAUCUACGCCAUAAAGACAAGAAAGUGCCCGGAUGGAUUCAAUGAGGCCAGAUAUAUAGCCUUCACCAGCUACACGACUUGCAUCAUCUGGCUUAUAUUUGUGCCUCUGUACCUAUCAGCGGGAGUCACGGAUGAUAUAAGAGUCGUCACGCUGGCCUUGUCCCUGUCUUUGGGAGGGUUUGUGCAGCUGGGUUGCCUCUUUUUCCCCAAAGUACACGUGGUCCUCUUCAAGCCAGAAAAGAACACUAGAGAUGCUGUCAUGACUGUUAACAGGAACUCGAUUUAUGCACGUGACUCGACCUACAGGAAGCAAGGUCAUGACCACCACAGCGCCCCUGCGAUCUUUGUGCUCACCGGUGGGCAACAGAAUGGCGGGGCACCACCAGCAGCCUCAUCCCAACCCCCUCAGCCUGUCUUGCGGGAAUCCCCGGGCAGAGUGAACCAGGUGUACAUGAGCACCAUCCUCAGCACACACGAAGACAUGGACAACCUCUAGGGCUCCGUCACUUUCUUCAACAUAUAAUUAGAAUAUUAAGUAUUAUUCCUCUGUGACCCCUAGUUUUGAAAAUCCUUCUUCAUAUACAUUCCUCCUCUCAUGUUAACUAUUCUCAAACUACUCAUACCAAAGUAUGUUGAUGGCAUAGUACACAAUGGUAAGCUAUAUUAGUUGUGUGUGUGUGUGUGUGUGUGUGUGUGUGUGUGUGUGUGUGUGUGUUUAUGAACGUCUGUGGGGGGAGAAGCUAUAACUGCAUCAGUAUUCAUUGUGUGAGACUACCCUGUGAUACAAGUUGUAUUAAGGUAAUUUCCUGUGUUUUAUCACUGCCAUAAUAAUAACAGCAUCGUGGUUCCUCAGCACUGUGCGCUGUAUUUCAAGGCUUUCAAAGCUACAGAAACUAUGUAGUUGUAUUAUAGUAGGCCUCGGCCGGAAUCGAUUCCAAAAUUUCUGCGAUUCUGAGAAAACUACCUAAGAACCUGUUCCUAAUUUGGGAACUGAUUCCCCAUUACUUGAUUCCACGGACCAAUAACUGACACUACAGUGCAAUGAGAGUGAGACAACGCAAGGAAGCAGUGAAAGGUUGGCAGUGACUGGCGACUUUUUCACUUUCCCUUGCUUAGUGACAGUGUUUCCCUCUGACGCUCACGACACAAACGAAAGGUUAUUGACUAUCAGUAGCAGUUUCGUGAGCUAGGGGGAGGGGUUAGUUUGUUGUUGUAGUUGUUGUUGUUGCACUGCCCUCUAUAGCCAUAAAGCAUUAUCUACUGACUUGAGAAUUCUAUUCUAGAAUUGAAUAGUGAUUCUAUUGGUAUUUAUUGUGAAUCCGAAAUCUCGAUUCAAAAUUUAUCAUAUAUAUAUAUAUAUAUAUAUAUAUAUAUAUAUAUAUAUAUAUAUAUAUAUAUAUAUAUAUAUAUAUAUAUAUAUAUCGUAUUUUUCUGUGUAUAAGACGCAACUCUAUUUUCAAGGCUAUUUUCAAGGGGAAAAAAUCAUCAUAAUUUUUAUAAACAUUGUUAAUCAUCAUCAUAAUCUAUUAUUAUAUCUUAGCAUACUUCACAAAUAAUAUAAGCCACGCACGUUUCGAUACAGCGCAUGUCAGGGUGGCACAGGAUUAUGUAUAUAGUUGUUUCCAAUGAGAGUACACAGAAGCUGCCUUGUACAGGCCUACCGGCCUCUUGCAGACCUCUUAUGUUCUUAUGUUCUUAUGUAAAUAUUACAAGAUUGUCCUGCA